GCAGCCUAGGACCAAAUCCAAUGCCAAAUGUACUUGGCUAGUCGGCACAAACGUGUGAUAGCGUAUACAUUAGUAUUGGUGACAGGCAGAAUGGCAUACAAUAUACUACAAAUCAUAUCCUAUGUGGCGAAGGGCCUCAACAUGAUCAUCAGAAUCCAAGACAACCACAGAGAACCCGCGAGAGACAACACACAAAUCGAUGAGGCAUUGCAGAUCAUCCAGAGACAACAAAGUAACAUCGACCAGCUAAUAAAAGACCAGCGGCAACAGGAGCAGGUGAUGGAGAGGCUUCUGGCACUAGUAGAAAAGAUGGAUGGAGCUAUGAGUGGAUCAUCAGCAAUGAAUUCAAACAGCAUGCAAAAUGUGUCUCUAGUUCUUAACUUGCCUGAGGACUCGCAGGACUGCAAUUCGAUCGUUCAUUCUCUCUACUGGACUCUUCGAAACAACAUGAACCAUUCUCAAAGGAGUGUCACGGGAGGGGAUUCCGGACGGCGUGUGCUGCAGUUGACUAAUGCUGAAGACAACAUGACACGUUUGGAUUCGUUUGUUCAGGAUUCGUGCUACAGUUUCGAAAAGGUCUCAGCGAUGUUUCAAUGUGACCGUUGCAACAAUAAGUUUGAUAAGGAGAAACGCCAGCCGUUAGUCUUAUCCGAAUGUGGCCAUACUUACUGCAGGAUUUGCAUACAGGAGAGCAGCCAAGAUCGCUUCAUGUGCCCCAAGUGUAGUAUUAUAUCACGCGACCUCGAGGAUUUGCCCAUCAACCGGACCCUCUACCAGAUACUGGAUGCGGAAGGCCGUGGAGAGGACCAGGGCUACGACCCCGCAGGAAGCCCAAACUCCUUCGCUGCCGGUCUUCCAGCUGGGGAGGAGGAGGAGGAGCGCCAGGCGAUGCUGGAGCAGCUCAGGAGGAUCAGGGGCGCCGAGAGCGAAGGCGAGGAUGUGCCCGAAGGAGCGGACGGCGACGGAGGCCUGUCUCUCAAGAACCUCAACGUGAGUGACGAUGAAGGGGGGGCUUGCGGCUUCAGCGAUGCCUUCCAUACAGAGUGGGAUAAAGAAUGGGCGAGAAAGAAACUGGAGGAGGAAAAUGAAAGGGACGAAGCCGAACAAGAGGAGAAAAGGCAAAGGAGGUUGGAGAAAAGGAUGAUUAGACUUCAGAGAAUAGAACAGGAACAGUUAGAGCUGGCUUUAGCCCUCUCGGAAUCGCUCCAGGAAGCCCAGCGUGUAGAGCAAGAAUCUUGAAUUUACAGAGUUGGCACUGUUUCCUUGAUAUGAUUGAGGGAAAGAGAAAAAAGCAGUCAAUUAGACAGUAUGUAGGAUGCAACAUUUUAUUACAACACCAUUUUGUUAAAUAUGAAUACAAACACAUUUGUUUUGAACGCUGCGAGUGAUACAUUAAUUCAUUGUAGUACAUUAUAACCUACUGAUUAAGCUUAUGAAUUUAGUUCUUACCUCAGUACGUAAACACACUCAUACACACACAUACAUAUAUGGGUGUGUGUGUGUUUAUGUAAGUAUGUGCCCGUGAAAAUGUUACAUUGGGACACAGUGUGCGAGACGGUUGGCGGUGAAAGGCUAGAAUAUCAAGAUUUAAAUUAUUAUAUUUUCUAAAUGCUACUCAUUCUAGUCGAUACAUGAUAUGUUGUUAUUUACUAAAAACUACUCCUUCCCAUCAUUAAUGACAAUGCUAUCCAUCUGUCAGGCAAGAAAAGUAUUGCAACCCGUUUUGGGGGAAAUCUUCCAGAAAUCCAAGGAGAGUACUUACUUUUUUAGAACAGAAGAGGUUAAAGUAGAGGGAGUUCUUCUGUAUUUGAUUAUAAUACAGUGUUAAACGGCUCUUAUUUCUAUAUUAACCUAAAUGUGUACACAAAAUAGGUCAGUAUCAGUGGUCAGUAGCCAGAAUUAUUGUACGAAUAUCCAAACUUCUGUAAUCCUUUGUUAUGAAGAAGCUAACAAAUUUCAACCUGAACUACGACGACGCCUCCUGCCCGCAUACCGUCCAGCAAAGCGGCCUGCCCUGAUCUCCCUCCGUUUCCGUACCCCGGACAUGCCCUUUCUGUAUCUCGCCUCUCCUCUCCCCAUCCUUUCCCUUCCUCUUCCCUACCUCCCUUUACUUAAAGAUGAAACCCAAGUAGAAUUUGAAUCUGCUGUCUUAUUUUUUAAUAAACCUAUUUGCGUAUACUGUU